AUGCAGCAAGAGUCUCUAACAGAAGAAAGUCAAGAUCAGGUGGAGGAGGCAUCAACGGCAAAUGGUGAGGAAACAGAGAAAGAGGAAUCUGAAGUAGAUGUAUUUAAGGUAGAAACCGAUGAAAGUCACUCUUUGGCUAUUGAAAUUGAAGAAACAGACUUUGUGGAAAAUGAAGUAUAUAAAAGUUUACGAGCCCAAAAUGUCAAACCGAAAGUGGCUGUAGCUUUAAUUGAAUUAUACGAAGCAACAGAUAUGUCUCCGCAAGAUCUUGAUGACCGAGCUAUUGAAAUGUUACGGUCGUUACCAAUUGAACACGCAUUGUUCAUCAUUAAGGAGGUAAAAGAAUCAAGACUUAUGGGCGUUCAAAACAAGGCACAAUUCUUGAUGUCAGUGAUGCGUAAUUUCCGGGACAAAGUGCGGCAACUUGGAGCAACUGUCGCACUUUCACAGAAGCUAGUCAAUGGGCCAUCAGUGGAGAAAAUAAAAGAAAUUUUGGAUCGAACAGGAUACAGUUUGGAAGUUACUAUUGGUCAAAGAAAAUAUGGAGGACCUCCACCGAAUUGGGAUGGACCAUCAGCCGGUCCGCAAGGAUCGGGACAUGAGAUUUAUAUUGGAAAAAUUCCAAAAGAAGUUUAUGAAGACACUCUGAUAUCGCUUUUCGAGGAUAUGGGCAAAAUUUGGGAUCUUCGACUCAUGAUGGAUCCUCUAACUGGAAGGAACCGUGGCUACGCGUUUUUAACAUAUUGUGACAAAGCGUCGGCUUAUGAAGCUGCCAAGAAGUUUGAUGGUUACGAAAUAAUGCCCGGAAAAAAUCUGAAAGUGAACGUGAGCGUUGCCAACACACGAUUGUUUAUUGGGAAUAUUCCAAAAUCGAAGUCAAAAGAGGAAAUUCUUGCGGAAUUUAAAGAACACACAGAAGGUGUGACGGACUGCAUAAUAUAUUCAAGCCCAGAUGCAGGGGAAAGCCGCAAAAAUCGUGGUUUUUGUUUCCUUGAUUUCUCUGAUCACAAGACGGCAUCAGACGCUAAGCGGAAGAUCCAUGCUGGAAAAUUGCGACCUUGGAAUUCGGAUUUGGUAGUUGACUGGGCGGAACAGCAGGAAGAGCCUGAUGAAGAGACUAUGGCAAAAGUCAAAGUAUUAUACGUACGAAAUUUGAAAGAAGCCGUUACUGAAGAACAAUUGAAAGAAAUGUUUUCAGCAUAUGGGGAAGUAGAUAGAGCAAAAAAGAUUCGUGAUUACGCCUUCAUUCAUUUCAUGGAAAGAGAACCCGCUAUUAAGGCGAUGGAAGCACUAAAUGGUACAGAAUUAGAAGGAAUUGCCAUCGAUAUUUCGCUUGCAAAACCACAGAGCGACAAGAAAAAAAUGUUGCGUGGACGUGGUCGGGGGUUUGGUGGUCUCCGUGGAGCAUUUGGUGAUUUUAGCUUCAAUCGAGGUUUUUCAGCUGGUUAUGAAGAGCUGUAUGGGUAUGGGGCGCCUCCAAGUGCCUACGGAUAUAGUUAUGAUGCAUAUGGUUAUGGCCCUGAUCCUUAUGGCUAUGGAUAUAGUGCUCCUCCUGUGGGUAAUCGAGGAGGUCGAGGUGGAGGUCGGGGCGGUCGUGGAACAGCAAUAUCUCGAGGUGCUAAACGACCUGGUGAUGGAGCUGGUGGACCAGCGUCAAAACGAGAAUUUGGCAGUGAUGAUUUCUCCGCUGAUGUUAAUAUGACUUCAUUUUAA